GGUGCUUUCAGUGUAGUGGAGGAGGGCAGAUAGGUAGAUAUAAGCCGCAAGGCUCCUCCGCUUUCCGUCCAGAGAAAGUCAGCAGCGCUCCUACCAUCACCUUCUACUUUUAAUCGGCUGUUUGUCGCCAGCGUUUUGCAAGCCGGCGAAAUUUGUGUUUUUUUUAACCCUCACUCCAAAUCCACGUCAAUGAAGGAAAGAAGGCCAAGUCAAAAGCUUGCUAAAAACGCAAUGGAUAAUCAAACCGUGAAAUGUAAAAUAGUUGUGGUGGGAGAUAGUCAAUGUGGAAAAACCGCUCUGCUGCACGUUUUUGCGAAGGAUUGUUUCCCGGAGAGCUAUGUGCCCACUGUCUUCGAGAAUUACACAGCCAGCUUUGAAAUUGAAACACAAAGGAUAGAGUUGAGUCUCUGGGAUACUUCAGGAUCUCCCUACUACGAUAAUGUCCGGCCGCUUUCCUAUCCCGAUUCUGAUGCUGUUUUGAUUUGUUUUGAUAUAAGUCGGCCAGAGACACUUGACAGUGUACUUAAGAAGUGGAAAGGUGAGAUCCAAGAGUUCUGCCCAAACACAAAAACCUUGUUAGUUGGCUGCAAAUCUGAUCUGCGGACAGACCUGACAACAUUAGUGGAACUGUCCAGUCACCGACAAAAUCCUGUGUCCUAUGAUCAGGGUACAAACAUGGCCAAGCAGAUUGGAGCAGCGACAUAUAUAGAAUGCUCUUCAUUGUCGUCCGAGAACAGCGUAAGGGACAUUUUUCAUGUGGCAACGCUAGCUUGCGUAAACAAGCCAAACAAAAACGUCAAACGUAACCAAUCAAAACGAGCCACAAAAAGGAUUUCACAUGUCCCCAGCAGACCAGAACUAUCCACAGUGUCCCCAGAUUUGCGAAAGGACAAGGCUCGAAGUUGCACUGUGAUGUGAGGAUGGUGAGGUUGGGAGAGCAGAUGGACACAGUCAGACGAAAUUAUAAUGAUGUGGAAUGAAAGGCUUUUUUGACAGAAAAGGAAAGGACCACAUGCAGUGCACAGCAUCAUUUACAUACCAAUGUGUCUCAAAUAGCCUUUUGAAAAGAUAUCCUCCACCUUUUUAUGAGUGGGACCCCGGGGUUCACCAAGUGGAAUGAUCUGAAAGAAAGAUGGAUGUAGAUGCUGUCAUCGGAAUUUGAGAGAGUGAUAAUCUUUUGAAUCCCUGGAAGUCAUAGAGAGAUGCUAAGUCAAAAGACUUGAGAGGGCCACAUACCAGAAAUAGUCACAAGAGCUUGUUGGGUGGGGGAGAUGAGAAAGAAAAAACACAGCAAGUAAAAUAACAAUUUUAUACUUCAUUCUUUCAAGGAUGCUGUAUUGAUAAUGACUUGUGGUGGGGGCAAUAUUGUCCUAAAUUGAACAUAUAAUGGGCGCUUAGUUGCACUUUGUCCAUCAUCACAGCAAAAAGUAAGGUCACUCCAUGGAACACCACUGAACAAUUGGUUUCCUCACUAAACAGUGCUUUGAUUGGUGCAUCAUGAUGCUUUAGGGUGGUAUAUAAUGGCUGGCAAAAGCUUCUCUGUAUUAGGUAUUGUAAACUUAAAUUAUAAAAUGUUUUCAAACUGUAGACGUCUUACAAUUUCUUUUGAAUGUUGAAACUUGUAAGUCCAUUCAAAUGUUUUUGGCAGUAUUUAUUGAAGUAUAGUAUUUUUUUUCCUUGGAAAAUGUAAUCCAGUAUUGAUGUAAAUUAUUGCAAUAAUUCUUUGUUUUAAAAACCACCAGUUAGAAUUAUUCAAGCUGUUUAUAAUGAGCAGACUCUUCUUUACCUGAUCACUAAACUGUAUUUUUAAUCUGAGCUUAUUAUAGCUUAUGAUUUAUUACAAAGAAUACUUAUUUCUUUGCCAAAUAAAAAAAAAAACUCUGAUCACA